UGUAUCCAUGACACCAAUUAUGCCUACACACGUAGUUCUUGAAAAGUCACUCCUAAUAACACUUUUUCCUAAUGACAGUGACCACAAAUAACACCCUCAAUCAUCUCUCUUUGUACUUGAAUGUCCUCUCCUUUCUGCUGCGUGUAUAAAUCGCCGCUUUUUGUUUCUCCGAGGAAAUCUCCACCGCAAUCCUCCUCCUUCUGCCUACUCUUCUCUACACUUAACCAACCAAUUAAACAGAGCCAAAAUCUUGCCCAUCUGUCUGAAACAGAGAACCCUUUUGAACAGGAAUGAGCGAGAGCUGACAGAGGCUAAGCAAAAACGAUUGUUUCAUUCAUAUGCUCAAAACCAGGAGCCCCAUUUGUUCUGAUUUCUCCGAACCAAACCCGAAACAAAUCAUCAAUGAGAGAAGAAGGAAAAAUUCUUAAGUCAUCGUGGCCGAAAGUGGUGGUCAGGAAAUGGUUGAAUAUAAGGAGUGGUGGGAGCGAUGAAUUUUACUCGGAGUCGGAUGAUAAUACAAAACCUUCCUCGCAAAGGAGACGCAAGAGUUGCUCAAACGAUGGCUACCGCGUCGUUGUUCCGGAAGAACUAUCAGAAGAGUGGUUCAUGGAUGAAAGACGGCCAGGAUCUGACCAGCGUGCACCUCUGGUCUCCGGCAGCCUCAACCUCAGGAUGUUUGUUGGAACAUGGAACGUCGGAGGCAAGUACCCACACGACGGUCUGGACCUAAAUGACUGUUUAAAGACUAAAGAACCAGCCGAGAUUUAUGUGCUUGGGUUUCAGGAGAUUGUACCUUUAAAUGCUGGCAACGUGCUCGGCCCUGAGGACUGUGGCCCGGCUGAGAAGUGGCUUUCCUUGAUCCGCAGAGCUCUAAAUGAUGACUCAAACUUUUAUUCUGUCUCCAAACAAUCCCUAUGGCCAAAUGAUCAACAACAACCAAAUAUUGAACGAAGUGGGAGCUUUUCAGGUUCAAUUUCAUUAGAUGAUGAGCUUCUUGAACACAUGGAUUUCCAAGAGAGGUCCUACUCGUGUUCCAGAGAAGAAGGUUCACCUAGUCCUGCUAAGGACAGGGGAAACCGUCCUAGUACAGUGCAACAUAAGUACUGUUUGGCUGCCUGUAAGCAGAUGGUAGGGCUGUUCUUGUGCGUGUGGGUUCGUGAGGACUUGAAUCAGCAUAUCAGCAGUUUGAAGGUUUCAUGCGUCGGAAGAGGCAUCAUGGGAUACCUCGGAAACAAGGGAUCAAUAUCCAUCAGCAUGAAAUUACACAAAUCGACAUUCUGCUUCGUCUGCAGUCACCUGACAUCCGGAGAAAAAGAGGGCAAUGCAAUUAGAAGAAAUUCAGACGUCAUGGAAAUCCUUAAGCGAACGAGAUUCUCCCAUUCGUGUAGAAUCUCAGGGAAACCAAUCCCACCUUACACCAUUUUGGAUCAUGACAACAUAAUUUGGCUUGGAGACUUGAAUUACCGACUAGCGCCUAUUUCCUGCGAUACGUUUGACUUAGUAGAAAGGCGUGAUUGGCAAGCACUUCUUGAGAAAGAUCAGUUGAGGAUAGAACAAAAGGAUGGGGGAGUGUUGGAAGGGUGGGAAGAAGGGGAGAUAUAUUUUGCUCCAACAUACAAGUACAUCACCAAUUCAGACUACUACGUCGUCCAAGCCUCAACUCCCAAAGACAAGCGUCGGACUCCUGCUUGGUGUGACAGGAUUCUUUGGAGAGGCCAAGGGCUCAAACAGAUGUGCUAUUUUAGAGGUGAAUCAAGAUUUUCAGACCACAGGCCUGUCUUUUCACUCUUCUCAUUCCCAACUAUAUUAGGCAUUUAAAUUCUUAGGCUUUUAUUUAUUUAUUUGCCCAAGAGAAGAGAGGGGAAGAAAAUGUAUAUUUUCUUUGUUUUCUUGUCAUUAACCAAGGAAUUGAAGCCCAGUUGGAUGUCAUAUUGGAAAUUUGAAGCGACAAAUGAACAGUACAGAGAAGUGUGAGGAGAGUUUAUCAUGAUCACCAGAUCAUGAGAAAAUGGUUUUUAUCGAAUUCUUCUGCCUGUUUACUUUAUUACAAUUAGCACAGCGGCUCUAAAUUUUCACAUUCAAAGAGCUGCGCAACGCUCUGCCCUAAUUUCACUCCAUCUUCUCAGCUCCCCUACCAUCACCUUUCAAAUAAAAUCCGGAGCAACUUCAAAGAGCAUCUUACUACUCAAUACUACUGUUAUACCAACUAAUAAUUGUAAGCAUAAAUUAAAUAUAUAAACAUAUCCCGAGAAAAAAAAAAAAUUGCAGUAGAGCAGAUAUCAAGAAAAUAUCAAUUUCCCCAAGUAAUUAAGGGUCUUCUGUUGCCGAAUCUGUUGUUGUUUUUACUUUCUUGCUCUUCUUCAGCUCAAACAAUCCCUUUAGAAAUGCGUCUACGAUCUGCUUUUGUGAUUCAAGCAGCAUUUCGUUCCGCUUCAUCUCCAUUUCCAUUCGCAUCGCCUCCAUUUCUCGGGCCAUUUCCAUCUUCGCUUUCUCCAUUUUCACGAACCCUUCGCCCAGCACUUUGAUCGACGCCACUAUCUCCUCUAAUGCGUCCCUUUCUCUCUUUCUUGAAUUCGCGCUUGGUUCUAUGCUUGCCCAGUACUUGGUUCUGAAACUUGGAGGCCCCGAGUUUUGAUUAUUGUUGUUGUUAUUGUUGGAGACUUUUACCCAGAAUUCUUCGGUUGUGUUGUUGAUCCUAUUGUUGUCAGACUCCAUGUUUUGAUCCAACUUUCCAAGUUUCUUCAUCCUUAAUCCUGGGGGAAGCAUUUCUUGAUGAAGCCCGCCUCUUGUUUGAUGAAAUGCCCCGCUUACAUCCAAGUUGUUGAACAUUUUGUUUGGUCUUUUAGAUUUAGAUUUCGGGGGAGGCUG